AUGUCUUUGGAGGCUUUUGUGCUCCAGAUCUCACCGGCUAUUCUCAUGGCAAUAGGAACAGAUGCUCACCUCCAAACUCCAAUGUACUUCUUUCUCAGUAAUUUAUCAUUGCUGGACAUCCUUUGUCCAACGGUCAUUGUACCAAAGAUGCUCCAGAUAUUCUUGUCGAAAGACAAGAGAAUACCAUUUGUUGGCUGUUUGCUGCAAUUAUUUUUCUUGCUUGAUGUGGUGGGCACUGAAAUCUUCUUGCUCGCAGUGAUGGCUUAUGAUCGCUAUGUGGCAAUAUGUAGUCCUCUACAUUAUGCCAACAUAAUGAAUAAACAGCGGUGUGUUCAAUUGAUGGCUGUGAUUUGGCUGUUGGGCUUAAUUAAUUCUAUGGUUCACACCUCACUGACCUUUAGGUUGUCUUUCUGUGGAUCUAAGAAACUCAACCAAUAUUACUGUGAUCUUCAUCCUGUGACAGCUCUCUCUUGCUCUUCUACUUAUCUUCCUGAAGUCGCUCGUCUUCUUGUGGCUGGUAUUGUAGGAGGUGGGGCAUUUCUGAUCACUCUGAUCUCUUACAUCUACAUAAUUUCUACCAUCUUGCGCAUGCACUCCACUGAGGGGAGGCGCAAAGCCUUUUCCACCUGUGGUUCUCAUUUGACUGUUGUUUGCCUUUUCUACGGGGCAACCAUUGCUACCUACGCACGUCCCACCUCUUCUUAUUCUGGUAAACGGGACAGAAUAAUUUCUAUGCUGUAUGGGAUAAUCACUCCCAUGCUGAACCCUAUGAUCUACAGUCUGAGGAAUAAGGAAGUUAAAGCAGCAUUAGACAAAGCCUUCAAUCGGAAAAGAUUUUCAUAA